UUUUCAGGUUGAAAGAGUGGCCAAUAUGCUCAAUUAUUUUUUGCUGCAACUAGUGGGUCCCCAAAGAAAAUCUCUUUCUCUGAAAGAUCCUGAGAAGUACGAAUUUCAUCCAAGAAAAUUACUUAAGCAGAUUGUCCGUAUAUAUGUUCAUCUGGCAAGGGGUGAUAAAAAUAAUGUGUUUCCCAUUGCUAUCUCUAGUGAUGGUCGAUCAUACAAUGAUCAGUUGUUUAGUGCUGCAGCAGAAAUCCUCUGGAGAAUAGGUGAAGAUGUAAGGGUUAUACAGGAUUUUAUUGAGCUUGGUGCAAAAGCCAAGGCUGCAGCUUCUGAAGCCAUGGAUGCUGAGGCUGCCCUUGGAGAUAUCCCUGAUGAAUUUCUUGAUCCAAUUCAAUACACUUUAAUGAAGGAUCCAGUGAUCUUACCUUCUUCAAGGAUCACAGUAGACAGGCCUGUUAUCCAGAGGCAUCUUCUAAGUGAUAAUACCGACCCAUUUAAUCGAUCCCAUCUCACGGUAGACAUGCUGAUACCUGACCAUGAACUGAAGGCCAGAAUUGAGGAGUUUAUCAGAUCCCAGGAAUUAAGAAGGCAUGCAGAUAAUUCAAACAUGCAGAGGUCCAAGGCAACAAUACAAACAACGCAUGAGGAGAUGCUCAUAGAUUAGGUUAAAACUUCCAGAUUUCUGGGGUUGUAGAGUUUCUAAGUUAUAAUAUAUAACUGUACUUGUUGCCCAAGUGAAGGAAAGAAAUUAAAUUUAUUGAAUUGAAAAUACGUACAGAAGUUGGAUCUUUUUGGUUUUAGUGAAGGCAGCGAAGACUGUAUUUUUUUAAAAAAAUAUUUUUUGAACUUUUUUUCUUGUCUAUUGAAUUUGUUAAGGAGCUGAAGUUGGUACUUCAGAUUUCAAUACAUUACCAUGGUAUCA